AUGGAGGUCAUUGAAGAUGGCAAUAUUAUGGACAGGAUUCCUAUCCUGUUGCAAAGAGAUUUGGAAUAUUAUCAGAAUAAUCAGACAGUCCUCUCAGAGAAAGUAUGCAGUGGUGUUGUUGGUGGGAGACUGGAUUUUCCAAGGAGUGCUUCAUUUGCAGCAGUGAAAAUUGUAUUGUGGCUGGAAGAAGAGUUUUCAAUUGCAUUCAAGCAAGGUUCUGGUAUGUUUGUCACAUUAGAGGACGAAAAUAUUGAAGCAGGCGUCGCUAAGACUUCAGAUCCGGAUAAAUUUGUUCAGCUUGCAAUCAAAUCUAGUGAUUCACUCUUAGAGCAUCUACACAUGCUAGCACAAGAAGCAUUAGAUCAUGCUGACUUGCCAGUAUUGACUGCGACUUUGGGCGCAGCUGCGUUACUGAAAAACAGUCUUUACUGUUAUUUACAGCAUAUUGAGGAUACUGGUCUCGCUGAAAUGCAGUCUAUAAUGCAGGCUUGCUAUAAAAGAUAUGUGACAAUGUCUGAAGCGGUCGGUGAAAGGGUAUUGGAUCUUCAUAAUAGAGUGUUAUCUCUAUACAUUCUGCAAGACUCUGGUGGCAGACCGAUAGAUGUUAAGGGCAGGAGUACACAGGACACUGGUACCCCUUCAGUCCAAGGCUGGUGGCUUUAUAUGAAUGGCAGUAGAAAAGACCUCUGGGAUACAGUACCACCGCGUAUGGCACAGCGGAUAUUUGCAGGAAUGCUUAACGAAACUCUGACUAUCCUUACAGUGAGAUAUUGUCAGACAAACACGACAGACUCAACGAUUCCACUGCUAAUCAACGAUAUACUGAACGUGUUGCUAUGUGUUGCGCAACUGUUGCCCUGCAUUAGUAGCACGGGCGCGGACCUGGCUGGUCUGGAACGGUCGAGCCAAUCCCGCGACGUUAGGGACGUGCACGCAAAGUGUAACGAACUGUUUAAGUGUAUGGUGUAUAGAGGUGCGGAACUACACUUUUUACAUCAGGCAUUUAAAGAAAAAGAAGAGCCAAUGUUAAAGGAUUCUCCCUAUCCAUGGUUCACCUUCGUGAGCCCCAAUCUCUUUGAGAAUUUUGAUGACGUUACGGCUAACACGCAAGACCUAUCAAACAAAACUGCGAUCGGCUUGGAGCUUAUCGUUUUAUUGGCUCAGCCGCAGCCAUCUUGGGCUUUGUUAGUUAAGGUACUAAUGAUGCGAAACUGCCACCUAGCAAGAAUGCUUAUAAUUCAUGCCAUACGUAACAUGUCGGUCGAUAAUUCGCGUUGGCCAGCUGACGGGCUGUGGUACAGCGUCGAUGGCAGCAGACACAAGUGUGAUGGGUUUCUGUGCACUGCUGACGGAUUCUGUAGAUUUCAACCCGAUAGUAAUAAAGGAGAAGAAUAUGCCAGAGCAGCGGGCGCACUCACGUAUAUUUUAUCAAAUAUUGGAAGUAAAGCUGAAGUAAAGUCGACUUUAUGUUACGCUCUAGAAAUAUCGGGGCGAGAUUGGGCUGCUUGUUUGGAUAAAAGACAGGUCUGGUGUGAUAGACGACCUCCAUGGUUGGCCGGCGUGUUAGCACUAGUCGGUACAACACUACAGUUUAUACCUUCUAUUCUAGUGAAUGCUAUUCAAACUGGCGCUUCUAUGUAUCAGACGAUGUCCAUAUGCCUAACUUGUAUAUCACGAUCCCUACAAUGUGUUCCAAGAAGCUUCUUAAACACGGGGGAAGUGAUUCAGAAGGCGCUACCAUCUAAUGUGAGCCCGGUGGGGGGGUCGGUGGUACUGCAGAUGUUGAUAACUGUUGUCUAUGAGGAGUUGUUGAAAUGGGCGAAGAAAGAGGCGGCGAAGCAAGGAAAUAUUUCGAACGGCGAAGCGCACGAUAUGAAUGUACGCCAUCGACCCAGACCGAAACAAGUUAAAAUUGUUUCGAUGUACACCACAACAUCUAGUUCGAUAAGUUUCGAUGGCAGCCACAGUUCACCAGCGUCUAUCGCACUCGCUGUUGCGGAAGCGCUCUGUUCCAUAGAUGAAGAUGACAAACAUACAGCUGAAUUGGAGAGUUUAGUUGCGGAGACGAGGAAAACUUACACGCUGUCCAAUCUGUUCGGUCUGGAUGACUAUCCGGAGUUUGCUGAGUUUUUUGAAGAGGGCAAUGUGCCAGCGUCGAAUGCGGAGAAAACGAGCGAUGCCGCGGCGCUUACUAGCCAAAUAUUAAUGACAUCGGCCGGUAGAGACAGCCUAAGAGUAAUAUACGAUCACAUGUAUCUACAUUCGGAGAGGAUUUACAAGGAACUGUGCAUACAAGAUAACAGCGACGCAGACAUUUGUUUGAACAAAGCUCCUCUAUUGUACAUUAUGUUUCACAUUGGAAAACGACCGUUUGAUCAGUAUUUCCGAGGAGAAUGGUCAAUGCCAUGGAGUAGAUUAGUAGCGAAGGCAAGAUGUUGGUCCGGCGUAGAGGGCGCUAAGGUGCACAUAAACAGACGAACAGAGUUUCGCAACAUAAAAAAUCAAAAUAAAAACAAUAAACAGCUAAUGGAGUUGUACACAAUGUUUAAAACACAGCCUGAAGGCUUAUUGUAAAAUGAAUUGUCUUUUUUGCCUUGUCAAAAGAUGCCUGAGGAAUUAUUGUGUUUGGAGACGGACAGAUUAUUUGAUGAAGACAAUUAUGUGUAGUGCAUUUAAAUUUGAAUAUGUUUGCACUGGUGCACAGACAAUUAUUUAGGAUCUCUGCUUUAGGUAUGAUAAUCGUUGAAAACAAUACUUCCAGUACCACGAUUCAUAAAAUGGAUACCUAAUGCGAAUAAGCGAUGCACCCUAGUUUUAGAAAAAAAUUUAGUGUGUCGCUGUUUACUGCGCCUAUUUUAUAUUCU